GGUUUUUUUUUACGGCUUGUCUGAACUUGGUGGAGUGAAACUCGAUGGAUGUCUUAGAACUUGGGUAACGACGCAGCAUCGGCUACCAAUUAAUAGCGGGUUUAACAGCCCUCGAAUGGGCGAUACUCUACUCCAUCAAAUAUCGACUUUUAACGCUUUCCCUCAAUGCUCCUGACUUUUCAUCUGUGGACAUGGGUCCUUCUCUAUAACGUGUAAUACCCGAUUACCCGUCGGUGCACGCCAAUUCCUACCACACAACCACCAUGUUCAAUCACUUCCCCCAGGUGACAUCCUUCCAAUCAUACUUUCUCGCCCUAUACACCCGGCCGGCAGUUCGCCAAUGCACGUCUAUCUCAAGUUACCCCGGAUUUUCACUCAGAUAAUUCUCCGGCCCGCAUGUCAGUGUUCUACAUGAUGCCCUCCUCGGAAUAUCAACCCGUAUCGUCUCGUGCAACGCAAAUCCACACACCUUCGCCGGCCAUGCACUUCCUAAUCGCCCUUCUCCUAGUGCACUACGCGCUCGCUCAUCCACCACCCUCCCCACGCCAGGCCACCGCACCGGCUACCUACACAUCCAACCCCAGUAUUGGCGGCGGCGCAAACUUCGUCGCCGAGUCAGCGCAUUUCCGGGUCUACGGGACAGGCGUCUCGGCAAGCGAUGCAGCAAAGAGCUUGAACAUCAUGGAGGCGGCGCAUCAAUGCUUCGUCGUCGAGCAGGGAUGGCGGACGCCUGGUCUUUCCACAAAAACCGGUGGGGUGGGCAAAGAAGUCGGGCCCUGGUACAAAUUGAAUCUUUACGGUGUAAAGGAAAGCGAGAUCCCCGGUGCCGCAGCGCAGACCUGGACAGACAGUGCCUCCGGGCUAGAGUUCCUCAAAGUAGUCCCCAAAUACCUUGCCGAGGCGAGCGUCGUGGUGCACGAGUUCGGCCACGCCAUGCACUACAGCGAGGAAAACUGGGUCGACCAGACGCGAACCGGCGCAUGGUGGGAAACCAUCGCAAACUUCAUCGCAGACACGUACAUCGCUACGCCGCUCUGCGCAUCCGCGAAGACCGCCGCCGGUCUCCCCACCACCGGCGCCUCCCUCAUCGACUUGAAAAAAGUGAUUGGAGAUAGCUUCCAGGUCCUCGUCGAUGGCAGCUCAGGCACAGGGAACUAUUACCAGGCCUGGCCAUUCCUAGCAUAUGUUACGAAUAACCCGGACGGAUAUCCCGGGCUCGGGAAGUUGGUUCUCCUGGACAUGAUACGCAAGUACCAGCUGCGCAGCAACGAGACGCCGCUGCACACACUGGCCCGCCUUCUCGCUGCCGCAGGGGGAAGUGUCAGCGUGCAGAAAGUCGUAGCGCGGUACUGGGCGCACAUGGCGUACGUCGACAUCGGGCACGCCGCCGCAGCCACUGCGUUCGCGAGUCAACGUAAUGGCCUGAAUUAUGCGAACCUCGAUGCGAACGGUGAGGGGAAGUACACGGUGAAGAACGCAAGGGCGCCGCGGUACAUGGGGGCGAGUAUCGUGCCACUGAAGGCUUCGGCGGGAACGGUGAAGGUGGCGAUUAGUGCGAGCGCCAGUACGUAUGCUGCGACGCUGGCGGUGAAGGGGAGUGGUGGCGUGCGGUAUGUGGAUGUUCCUAAUGGGAAUGCAAGCGUGACGCUGGCGAGUGGGGAGGAGAUCACGCUUGUGGUGGCGAACACGCCGACGUUGGUGCUGUAUGAUCCGUUUAGUAUUCCGGCGGAGUUGAACAAGGGUUUGACAUUUUCAGUGCAGAUUACUGGGGCGACUGUAUGA